AUGUGGACGAGAUCGUCAAGAUACGAUGGAGAGUUGCCGAGUGUCCGUCCUCAAUUCGGAACUUCAACGCUCUCCUUGAGCCUCGACCGACUUCGUUGGAAAGCCCACUCUCGUUUACCUCAGCUCGGUGGCGCAUGGCUCUCAAGAGUCCAACGACACGAACGCUCCACCUCUCACCAGGGGCUGUUGCCUGCGUUGAUGUCGCCUCCGAGACAGUUGGCGUAG